CAAGAAUGAAGUCUAAAUGAAUGUUAUUACAAUGACUUUGCCUAGAUACGAUAACAGUAUCAUGGAAAAAUAACGUGCCUAGACAGAUUUGAAUCGAACAGAUUAUUGAAUUUUGACGUUUCUGAUAUUUUAUACAUCAUUCAAGUAAUCCGCCCAAAUUAUCAGUGUUCCCCAAUAUUAUAUUUACAAUUCUACACAAAUAUUCGAUAUUUCUACCUCAACAUACAAACUUUUUACCUACUCACAAUUUACAAUAACUGACUCACCGCCUCCUGCAACAACGUACAGUGAAAUCAAUUGUCUAGCGAAUAAUUUACAAAUAUUGAAAUCUGGUUGUGGGAAGGCAAAAAAACGGCCGAAAAUAUCAAAAUUGAUUCGUAACAGUAUCCUUUCAAAACCACAAACACAAGAAAUCCUCCACUGGCGUCGUGUUCUUCGAUUUAACCACAAACUUUCUCACGUAUUUUCUUCAAUCAAUCGCUUCGGGAACACACGCUCAUACACCACACACACAUUCUCAUUAAAAACAUACACUAAACAGGUGUUAGAAUCAGAUGAGCUUGGGUAAUAGCUUGUGCUAGUUCUUGUUAGUUAGCAAAAUGGCGGCGAUGACGCAAAUGCAGCCGGCAACCAGCAGUAACACCGACGGCCCGCAUGAAACCAUCAAGUUUGGCGAGGGCCGUCGCCUGAGCAUUCCAGCAAUGCAAGCACUCUAUGAACUCCAACAGUCUAAUCAACUUUGCGAUGCGACCAUCUUGCUGGACGAUGGUUCUGUUUAUCCUAUUCACAGAGCCAUCCUAUGCUCAUGCAGUGCUUAUUUUAAAGCUGUAUUUACAACAUCGCUCCAUGGUAAGAACAAGACAAACAUCCUUUUACCAGGCGUCUCCCCUGAAAUGAUGAUCCUGUUGAUAAACUACGCCUAUCUGCGAAAACUGGACAUUACCCAAGAGAAUGUCUAUAAAAUCAUUGCAACCGCAGAUUAUCUAAGCAUUUUGGGUAUCUUGGACAUGUGCUGUGAUUAUCUGGAACAAACCAUAACUCCGAGCAAUUGCAUCGGUAUAAUGCAAUUCGCGAAAAAUCAAUUUUUACAAAAACUGCACGACGCUUGCUGGAAGUAUAUCAUGCGAUAUUUUCCUCAGAUAGCAGUUGAAAGCUCUGAAUUAGUCAAUCUACCAGUUGAUGACCUGCAGACGAUCAUCAACGCUGAUGAACUCAAUGUAAAAAGUGAAGAAAUGGUUUGGGAGGCUAUUCUGAGAUGGAUUAACCUCAAACCCGACGAACGCAAGAAACACAUUGUUACACUCAUGAAAUGCAUCCGACUAGGACUUUUAGACACACAAUUCUUUUUAGAACACGUUAAAGACCAUCCAUAUGUUACCAGCAGUGAUGACUCCCGUCCAAUGAUCAUCGAAACCUUAAAAUUCUUAUAUGACCUUGAAACAAUUUCUCAUCGUGAUGGAGAAGUACCAACUCCAGAGAUAGCUCGCCCACGGGUCCCACAUGAGGUGUUGUUUGCUCUGGGAGGUUGGAGUGGGGGUUCCCCAACGAAUUACAUGGAAACCUAUGAUACCAGAGCAGAUCGCUGGGUGAAGGUUGAAGAAACAGACCCAAGUGGACCACGUGCUUAUCAUGGUACAGCCGUGGUGGGAUAUGAGAUUUAUGUUAUAGGAGGUUUUGAUGGAAUGGACUACUUUAACAGUUGUCGAUGUUUUGACGCUGUGACAAAAACAUGGCGGGAAGCUGCCCCGAUGCACGCACGUCGUUGUUAUGUCAGUACCGCAGUGUACAACAAUACCAUCUAUGCCAUGGGAGGUUAUGAUGGUCACCAUCGUCAGAAUACCGCUGAGAAAUUCAACCCGAAGACCAAUCAAUGGACUUUGAUUAGUCCUAUGAAUAUGCAAAGAUCAGACGCAAGCGCAUGUACCCUCAAUGGUAAAAUCUACAUCACCGGUGGUUUCAAUGGGCAGGAAUGCAUGCAUUCCGCUGAGGUUUAUGAUAUUGAGACGAAUCAAUGGACUUUGAUCAACCCAAUGCGUUCACGAAGAUCCGGAGUGUCCUGUAUAUCUUACCAUGGGCAUGUUUAUGUCGUUGGUGGAUUCAACGGUAUCAGCCGGAUGUGCAGCGGGGAGAAGUACAACCCAGCGACGAACACCUGGACCCAAAUCCCGGACAUGUACAAUCCAAGGAGUAACUUUGCAAUCGAAGUGAUCGAUGAUAUGAUUUUUGUUAUUGGUGGCUUCAAUGGUGUGACCACCAUUUAUCACGUGGAGUGUUAUGAUGAGCGUACGAAUGAAUGGUACGAAGCGACUGAUAUGAAUAUUUACAGAUCGGCGUUGUCUGCGUGCGUCAUUCAAGGCUUACCGAAUGUCAGGGAUUUUAUUCACAAACAUCGUGAGAAGUUAAUGGAAGAGAAGCGGCAGAAAAUGAUCGCGUUGGAAGCACAACGUGAGGCAGCCAAUAAUAAUAAUCAAAACAAUGAUAUACAAGCACAGCAGGCGCAAGCGCAGAAUGCACAUAACCUACAACAGUUGAAUGUGUUGCAUCAAUUGGCCAACGUGAAUAACCUCAAUGUUCUGAAUGCGAAUGAAGAUGUGGAACCGCCGCAAGUUGUCGAAGUUGAAGAGGAUAUUGAGGAGGCCAAUAAUUAGGUGCUGGAGGAAAGGACGACCAAAAUUCAAUAUGAUUAAGUGAUAAUCUUAAAUCGGGCGUGAUGAAUUUUACAACAACUAAAGAUUUAAAAAAAACAACAGAAAAAGAUACUCACUUAACUUUUUUAUUUUGGUAUAAUAUCUGUAUAAAAACAAGAGUCUAAAUUUUAAACGAAUAGUUUGAACAGAAACAUUGGUCCAUACAUACUGCAAUUUUAAAAAUAUAUUAUGGGGAUAUAACAUUGACAUGCUAUUAUAUAUUUUUAAAUAUUUCUUGUUUUACAAAUGCUUUACUAUUUCGUUUAUGGCUUGCGAUCACUUUUAUUAAUCGUGCCUUGCAAAUAUACGAAUGCCUUGACGAGAAA